CUUAAAAUACCGCAUUGAACUCAAGCCAAGCGAACACGCACAUUAAAAAACAAACACAAACUUCGAUAUGUACGUAAGAGCCGCAUCCGGCUCGCGAGCUGCGGGUCAGCCACCCCUGGGCUAAAGCCUAAAACAGAGCAUGGCUGUUUAUUUUGUUAAUGUGACGCAGGCAGUAACAGGAAGCCAGGAGCGGAAAUGUCACUGACAAAGUUUUGUUACAGUUUUUAAGGCAGCAGCGGAAAAAUAAUAUCAACAAUUGCUGCAUACGUUGCAUUUCAAAAUAGAACUAACGAUUUGAAAUCACCAACAGGACAAGAAAAAAAAUCUAUCAAUGUACACAACGGAAACAGCUACACGGCGCGCAUGCGCAUGCUCACGUAUAGAGUCGGUAUUAAGCGUUGCAAAAACUUACAGCGCAGUCGCUUCCCGUGGGGGUGGGUCAAAUUUUCAUUCGUUUUGUAGGAAACUGAAACCAGUGGAUGUUUCCUAUAGAUCACUUCUGAGAGCAAAACACAUCUGUGAGGGAACAUUCUUGCCAUUAUGGGGGCUUUUUAUUCAGUACCGGAAGAUCAUCACUACCGGGGUUUGUCUGAGAAGACAGGCUUUUCACAGGAGCAGAUCAAGAUUCUUCAUAAUCGUUUCAGACAGUUAAGCCACAAUGACGAUGUGCUACGGAGAGAUGAUCUCCACAUAAUUCCAGAUCUCGCAAACAAUCCGAUUAGAUCCCAGAUUGUAGCAGCUUUCUUUGACAGAAGAAACUUCCAGAAAGCAGGUGAAGGCUCAGUUGAAGAAAUUGGCUUUGAGGAGUUUCUCAUUGUCAUGUCUUACUUCAGACCUCUAUUAGUGCACAUGACAGAGGAGCAAAUAGAAGAGACAAGGAGGAGCAAACUGCGCUUCUUGUUUAACAUGCAUGAUACUGACAACGAUGGGACCAUAACACUGGAAGAAUACAAACACGUAGUGGAGGAGCUGCUCUCAAAGAGUGGAUCACUCGAAAGGGAGACUGCCAAGGACAUUGCAGAUGCUGCCAUGCUGGAGGUUGCUAGCAUUUCAGUGGGUUACAUGGGUCCAGAUGAAUUUUAUGAGCGGAUCACAUUUGAGCAUUUUGUGAAGAUUCUAAGCGGAAUAGAAAUUGAGACGAGGAUGCACAUCCGGUUCUUAAAUGUGGGCACAAUGUGUUUGUGCAAAUGAUGGCGUAUCAGCAAUCGAUGUUUCACCUGAUAUUCCAAGGCAUCAAUGAUAACUAUUAAGCUAAAGAUGAACAAAAAGCGUGUACCUCCACCUCUCCAGGCUCUUUUCAACCUGCUCCCUACUUUUAUCAGAAAUAACAAGAUCAUCCCCAAACAUCAUAGUCCAUGAAGACUCCUGUCUGACCUUUUUCAUCAACCCGUCAAUCACCACUGCAAACAGAAAUCUAAUGUGCAAUCUAACCUCCACCCUUAACCAGUCUGCUGUUCCUACUGCACACCUUACUGCUUUUACACUGUUCCCAAACUAAAUCGACCGAUCCGGUAUGAAAUUUUGAUUCGUGAUCCACAUAUAUGAUUUUUACCUUAGCUGUUUUUUGUUUUGUUUUUCCAGAUUUUCCAGAUCCACACAAUUCUCACGUUUUGUUAAAUUUAUAUUACUUUUACAUAUAUACAGUAUCAUACAUUAUCAGCAUUAUGUGUCUCUGAUAUACCAGAUGUACAGUGAGCUACAAAGUUGGUUGUGAUAGACUUCCAUUAUACCAGAUAGUUUAAAAAAACUGGUCAACUAAUUUCUGGUCAACUGGUCAACUAUGUAAAAUAUAGAAAGAUAUAAAGGAGGACAAAGUGUAUAUACCAUGUAUGCUUAUGACAGUAAACAUAAGGUGGUUGAUGUGAUCAAGUCAA